AUGUACAAGCAGGCGCUGGCCAGCUUCUGGACUGUGGACGAGGUGGACCUCAGCCAUGACGCCAGGGACUGGGCGCGGCUUAGUGCCGCGGAGCAGAGGUUUGUCAAGACCGUCCUCGCGUUCUUCGCGGCCUCAGACGGCAUCGUGCUGGAGAACCUCGCGGCAAACUUCAUGACGGAGAUCCAGUCCCCCGAGGCGCGCGCGUUCUACGGCUUCCAGAUUGCCAUUGAGAACAUACACAGCGAGAUGUACAGCCUGCUGCUGCAGUCGUACGUCAGGGACCCCACAGAGCGCGCCUCCCUGCUGCGCGCCAUACACACGGUCCCUGUCAUCGGCCGCAAAGCCGCCUGGGCGCUGCGCUGGGGCGGCAGCGGGGCGCCCUUUGCGCAGCGGCUGCUGGCGUUUGCGUGCGUCGAGGGCAUCCACUUCAGCGGCAGCUUCUGCGCCAUAUUUUGGAUCAAGAAGCGUGGCCUCAUGCCAGGGCUCACGUUCAGCAACGAGCUCAUCAGCCGGGACGAGGGGCUGCACACAGACUUUGCCUGCCUCCUGUACAGCCAGCUGCAGCACCCCCUGGACGAGGCCACGGCCCACGCCAUAGUGCGCGAGGCCGUGGAGCUGGAGGAGGCCUUUGUGGCGGAGGCGCUGCGCGUGGACCUCAUAGGCAUGAACCUGCGGCUCAUGGGGCAGUACGUGGAGUUCGUGGCGGACAGGCUGCUGGUGGCCCUGGGCUACUCCAAGCUGUAUGGCGCGCUCAACCCCUUUGACUGGAUGGAGAUGAUCAGCCUGCAGGGCAAGGUGGGGGCCAUGGCUGGGGCUGAUGUGGCACGAUUGGCGUGA